AUGGCGGCGGCGGGGCCGAUGGCGCUGGGGCGGGCGGCGGCGCGGGGCCGCCGAGCCCACACCCGCGGCGUCCUCACCCGCGCCGCGCCCCCGCGUCCCCGCGGGCCGCUGCCCCGCACGCCCUGGACCACCCGCGGGCCGCCGCCGGAGGAGCUGGCGCGGAGGGUGGAGCGGCGGCCCGUGCGGGAGCAGGUGGAGCUGGACACCGUCACCUACGCGGGCCGGCAGCACUUCGUGCCCGGCCUGGCCCGGCCGCGCUUCCCGCCCUGGGAGCGGGGCUGGCACGACCCGCGGCACUGGCGGGGGCCGCGCUACGAGGAGAUGCCGCUGUACAACGAGCGCAGCUGCUUCGUCUAUCAGCAGCGCGUCCGCAUGCUGGAAGGGGUGCGGCAAGCGCAGUGGCUGACCAAGACGAAGCUGGUGGAAGGUUUGCCCCCGCCAGUGCUGAGCAUCGUCCACGACCCGGCUCAGCAGCUGGAGGAGCAGGAGGAGAGGGUGAAGCGUGCCAUCUCGCACGCACGGUUCUGGGACACCACAGAGGUUGCUCCCAUGAGGGAACAUUAUUGCCCAGUACUGUUUGAAGACUUGAUACAUUUAUGUCGGUCGAUGACUCCGAAGUAUCCUUCUCUGAGUAAAAGAAUCCUGGCAAGAAACUACAGGGUAGCAGCUACGUGGGAAAGAGAAUCCAUUCUCCUUCAGGUCCGAGGCCUGAACGGAAUACUUAUGAACUCCAUGGCUCCAAUACCACCUGUAGCCUCCAAGGAGGAGGUGCUGGCCACUGAAGAACAUGUUCUGGAGACCUUCUAUCCCAUUUCUCCUACAAUUGAUCUCCAGGAAGUGAAUGUGUACAAAGAGCUCAACGAAACAGGUUUUAGGGAUGGUUAUCCUUACCCUCAUCCUCACACUCUGUUCUUCCUGGAGUCGCACAACCACCGCCCCAAGAGGUUCAGGCCAGAACAACUCCGUGCCAAGAUGCUGAUGUUCGCUUUCGGCAACGCGCUGGCCAAGGCCAAGGCGCUUUACGGGAAUGAUCCCAAGGUUUUGGAGCAGCCGAUAGUGGUGCAAAGCAUUGGCACAGAUGGCCAGCUCUUCCAGUUCAUGGUGUUCCAGUUAAAUACCACAGACCUUGUCUCUGGUGAUGGCAUAAAAAAUCUAGUCUGGAUUGACUCUGAUCAGAAUCUGUAUGAAAAAGCCCAGUGCCUUCCAGAAGUCAAGAAGAGAGUCGUUGUGAAGCCCGCUGGAAUAUAUGGCUUUCAGCCAGACACAUUCAAGAAGUUUCUGGCACUGUAUCUGCACGGAGCUGUGUGAAAUUCAGCUCAAAUGAAAAUACCUCACCAACUGUACCUGCUGCUUCUCUUUGCCAGAGCCAUCACAUAAUUAAAGGUGGAUCCAUUUGCUUUCAAAAAUAAAUUAUCACGUUGCUGAAAGUAAAAUUUAUUUCUU